UCGCCGUCUCCCAGGUGGAGGCGGAAGUAAGGCCGGCGCGCCCCCAUGGAGUCGCUUCUGCAGCAGCUGGCGCGCUUCUCGGAGGUGCUGGCCGUCUCGCGCACGCCGCACGUCAGCACCUGGGACCCCGCGACCGUGCGCAGGGCCCUGCAGUGGGCGCGCUACCUGCGCCACGUCCACCGGCGAUUCGGCCGCCAUGCCCGCAUUCGCACGGCGCUGGAGCGGCGGCUGCAGAGCCAGUGGAGGCAGGACAGCGGGUCUGGGCCGGCGCCAGACCCGGGCCUGACGAACUUCCAGGCCCUGGGGCGCUGCGACCUCGUGCUGGCCCUGCGCCUGCUGCAGAACCGGGCCCUCAGGGAGGCCGUCUGGCACGCCCUGUUGCAGCAGGUCUUUCCCGGCCCGGGCGUGCCGGGCGCCGACGAGGAGACGCUGCAAGGCCGGCUGGCCCACCUGGCCCGCCGCCGGGCGGCGGUGCACGUGCUGCGCCUGCACGGCUACCAGGAGAGCCCGGUCGUGCAGGAGGACGCCCUGCUGAAGACGCAGGCCGAGCUGCUGCUGGGGCGCCUGCGGGAGCGGGCCGGCGCCCAGGCCGAGGGCCCCGGCGGGCUGCUGAGCGGCCUGUGGGAGCGCGGGCCCCAGGACAACUUCCUGAAGGUGCUGGCGGCCGCGCUGCUGCUGCCGCCGCCCAGCCCGCGGCCCCAAGAGGAGGAGACGGGGCCAGGCACCCCCAACACGCCCGGAGAGGGGCACCAUGAGCUGCUCCGGUGGCUUCUGGGCAAGGCGGACAUCCUGGCUGCCUUUUGCCGCCGCCUCCCCGCCGGCGUUGUCGCUGCGGUGGCAGGCCGCCACCCCGAGCUCUCCCGGGUCUACCUGGGCCUGCUCGCGGACUGGGGGCGCCAUCUGCACUACGACCUGCAGCGAGGCGUCUGGGUGGGAGCGGAGUCCCAGGCCGUGCCCUGGGAGGAGCUGUACGGCCGGUUUCAAAGCCUCUGCCAGGCCCCGCCGCCUCUGAAGGAUGAAGUUCGGACUGCGCUGGAGUCCUGGAAGGCGCAGGAUGGAGAUUUCGAGGUCCCUGGGCUUAGCAUCUGGACAGACCUGUUGUUAGCUCUUGGGACUGGUACAUGACGUUGCAUUUGGGAAACGACAAGUUUGAGGUCUCAGCCCAGGCCCCAAUUGUCUUUGCGCCACGUUCUGUUAUUGAUUAUUCGAAUAGAUGGUUUACAAAAUUAAAAUUCCAGUGUUCCCACCAAAUCUUUACUUUUAUGUGUCCAAAAUAAUUUUGGUGCUAAUUUACAAUAGGUGUAUUUAUAAUUCAGAGUUAUAAAUAUCUAAAGUAACUAGAGUGCCAUAGAUUUUCCGGAUGGAGGAGGUGACAUUGGAAAUAUCCUACUUAAAGCCAUAAAAUUAACAAUAGUUUGCUUUUUAGAAGACCCAUUUCUAAGAAUGCCCCAAACAAGGUACUUUUCAAAGAAAAAGCAGCUUUAAAGUGACAAACAAGACACCUUUGUUCUAUCGGUAUGUUUUACUUUUCUAGGAUUUUCCCACCCGAGUAGUGAACAGUUUUUAACCAACGACUGUUGUCAGAAAUGUUGGUUUGAAAAACUAACUGGCCUAUUUGGAGUUUAAACCCUAGACUUUGGCCCUGUUAACAUAAUGUCCUAACCGAUUAACCAACAUCAACAUGUAUUAAAAUUGUGUUACUCAGAAA